CAGCAGACAUCACACACAUAUCAGUGUACAUAAUACAUUGUAUUUCCGUUAAAGAAUAAUCAUCUUUUUUUACUGUUAAAAACAUGUCUACAGAUGAAGUAGAUCUCGAUGAAUGCUUCAAAGUUGCCAAGAGGCUAGCAUUUGAAGCAGGAAAGAUGAUCAAAGAUGCAUUUUCCCAGAAAAAAAAUGUUGAGACGAAGGCAUCAUUUUCAGAUCUUGUGACCGAGACUGAUAAAAGGGUGGAAGACAGUCUAUUUUCUACAAUAAGGCAAACUUUCCCAAGUCACUGUUUCAUUGGAGAAGAAUCAACAUCGGCUGGUGCUCAAUGUGAACUGACAGAUAGGCCAACCUGGAUCAUAGACCCCAUAGAUGGCACAACAAAUUUUGUUCAUACAUUUCCCUUCACUUGCAUAUCAAUAGGUUUUCUUGUGAACAAAAAGGCAAUGAUCGGCAUCAUUUACAACCCAGUCCUUGAUGACAUGUACACAGCGAGGGCAGGUCAUGGAGCAUUCUGUAAUGACAAGAAGAUACAUGUUUCUGGGUGCAAUGAUUAUAGUCAAGCGCUGUUGAUAAUUGACACAGGUGCGUGUGCUAAAAAUGAGGAUAUUGAUUGUCAUUAUGAAAAUAUGAGACGCCACAAGAAACACAGUCGAGGGAUACGUGCUAUUGGUUCUGCGGCACUGUCCAUGUGUCUGGUGGCAUGUGGUGCGGCAGAUGCCUACUAUGAGUUUGGUAUCCAUUGCUGGGAUAUGGCAGCCGGAGUGAUCAUUGUCGAGGAGGCUGGUGGUACCCUCUGUGGGCCAGAUGGGAGUACACUUAACAUCUUGGAACGCAGUUGCCUGGUGACUUCAAGCAAAAAACUUGCACAAGACAUGGUCAAGGAUAUCACAAUUGUACACUUCCCAAGUGACUGAGCAACUGUAAAAAACUGUAGGUGCUAGAAAUUAGGAGUUUGUUAAUUGCAGCAUUGAGGCUUUUGACUGCAUCUUUCCUGUCCCCUUCUUGUGAGAGGGGUAGGAUGGAAGUAGAUUUUAAUUACACAUUCAUUGGGAAAUAACUUUCAUUUGUAGAAAUAUAUGUUGUUAAUGUAUGUUAAUGUAUGUUGUUUGUAGCCAUAGGAGAAAGAAAAAAAAAUCUUCAAAUGAUCUUGUUACUCGAGUAGUAAAUUAUGUUUAGCUGCAGAUUUCCUAUGUAAAGAGCUGCACACUGAUGACGAACAUUAAUUUUUAAUCAGUCAACAAAUUUCAACAUUGCGGGAUGGCUGUCCUCUAUGAGAGAACUGUGAUGAAUUUGCUUUUAUACUGUGAAAGUGAUUGCUAUCAUCUUUUAUCAACUGCUUUAUGUUAAAAAGUUAUAUUCCAUCAAUAAAAUAAAUAUAUG